CCCCGUGAAUGUUCCCAUGGCAUCGGCUUAGUUAUGAAUAGGAGUUGACGAAACGACUGCAGUGCAUGAUUGCGUCGCUGUUGAUCUUUUCUACUUUUCUACGCUUGAUCUUAUCCAUCUCCGUUUCUUCGUAUCUCUAAACGAUUUCCCUUUGCGCGACAAUUGAUGAGCUGCAUGGUCAUAUGAGCGUCUGGUAGCCUGUAAUAGAUUUAUCUCUAGGAAUUAGGAUUAUUGUCUCAAUACUAUGAAAUAUUCCUGGCUGUCAGUCAAAAGAGCGUAGUAAACAUGUCUUCCCAAAACAGUUAGUGCCGUGGCUCUAGUCUCGACUCCCUCCCAGUUGGCAGUUGUUGAUAUGCAUUUUACAGUCCACAAGAAUCAUCCCAUCUAUACCCAACAGAGAUCAGAGUGUUGACGGAAGACAAGACAGCAUAGACAAGAUGGCUGACAGAAAACAAUUCAUCAUCAACCACAUGAACAACGACCACCAGGACUCGCUCGUCCUCUACCUCCGAGUCUACUGCCGCGUGGCCGCGUCCGACGCCCGCUCUGCCCACCUUGACGACGUGAAACUGGACCAGCUCCUCCUCAGUGCAAAUGGGAAUCGUUACAGCGUUCCCUUGCAGCCGCCGAUGGCUUCGUUGGCCGACACACGCGCCCGAGUCGUCGCCCUACACCACGAGUGUCUCGCCGCGCUUGGCCUGUCCGACGUCCAGAUCAAAGUCUACCAGCCACCACAGGGGGUUAUACAAAGCGCUGUGUUCCUCGUCUGUCUCGCAACAUACAUUGCUUUCUCCCGACGGGGGAACUUUCUCCCCGGAUCGUUUCUCUACGAGACUCUAUCUUCGGCUUUCUCACCCUCCUCCACCCGUGUCGAGCAAUUCAUGGACUUCUGCUACACCAUCCAACCGAUUCUUAUCACCCUGAUGCUUGGUAUACAUAUCGCCGAGUCGGCGUUGCUGGCAGCCAGGUUGCGAAGACACCGGGUGCCCUUGUUCUCGCGGGUGUGGUGGGCAUGGGAGAUUUCGUGUAUGAUCGAGGGGUAUGGGUGCUUUCAGCGGACUGCAGCGUUGACUGCUAGUAAGAAUUAAUUGAAGGAAUAAAGGAUGAUGUAGAUGAAUAUGGAAUAUUUUUUGAAAAUAAUAAUAAACUGAUAAUAAUAAUAAUUAUGAAAUGGAACGA